CGUUAAAUUGAAUUACAUUUAAAUAAGUCGCGGAUGCGAGGGUUUCACGAAUCUUUUUCUUGCAUUUUAAGCUAUCGCUUCAAAAUGAUUUUCUAAUUGACUAUAGUCGUCAUUAGGAAAACUUGAAUUUUCAAAUAUUUACUGACUAGGGUGAAAAAAACACUGCUUUUAAUCGAAACGAAUGCGAGAGAAAUUUUGUCGCUCUAAAACUGAACCAAUGAAAUGCAAUCGAUUGACAACAAAAAGUUGAGCUAUAUCCCCAAUAUUCACCUCUGCAUUGAAUUUGAAAUGCAGAUAAGUUGAACCAACAUUCAAUGGUUACAACAAAUGUUUAACUAAGAAGGAUUUAAGGACACGAAGGAUCCGAAAAACAACUGAAUUGGUAGAGAUGGAAACCUGACUAGAAGAUUAUUCGCAGUAUGUGGUCAGCAAGUCAGUUUUUAAAAUAUUCAAUGCAUUUAGUUUCACUUUGAAGAAAGGUAUAGACGCUUUUCAGUUUUUCAAGUCGUAUUUUUAAUUUUUCACCUUGCCGCAGCUUCAUUUCAGCGAUAUGCGACUGACAGGUCGAAAUAAGACUUGAAGGGGUCUUUUCUUGUCCGUAUCGAAACAAAGUUAAAUUUUCAUGGAUGUACACAAACAAAUCUAAAAGGUUUACACAACGCUAAUGAAAACACGUGGUAUAGUAUGGUGCAAUCAAGAAAGGAACUGUUUGUGAUGGAGACAAACUAACUCCCGAGUUAGGAUUUCGAGUUGGAUUUUCGAGUUAGGAUUUCGAGUUGGAUUUUCGAGUAAGGAUAUAGAGUCGGUUUUUUCGAAAUGCUUACUAGUAAUCCAGCUGCAACGAAUCGGCUAGUCCAAUGCAGUCAACAAAAGAAUUCGUGUAGGGGUGGGGUUAGUGUUUUACCUUUUUAUUAUGCGACGUCACUAUGUAAAGCAGACAUGAGUAAGAGGUAAGCCAUCGAGUCUUCCACCAACUCAUUUCCCUUCGCCACAAACACGCUCCUCAUCUCAAAAAUAGAAAGAUUGGGAAAGCUUUAAUACCAAAAGAUAAACGAAACGAGAAAAAUUACGAUAACCGGGCGUAAUUCGAAGAGACAAAAAUUGGUCAGUAUUCGCUUGGAGACUGGAAUUGACUCACGCCAAUGGCAGAGAAGAUAAACACCGUACAAGUGACAAAGCUUCAAGAGGGGGCAGUUUCCAAGACGCCUCCUCUGUCAGACGGUAAAAGCCGUCAAAGUGGAGCAGAGAUGUGGCGCGAGUUUGUUGAUAACACAACACUGCAUGGUAUUCGUUAUAUCUUCAUGAAGCGCCAUGCAGUCAUUCGCCUAAUAUGGUUGAUUUUACUAUUGUCGUCUGGGGGUUACUACAUUUUUACAGUUUACAGAGCUUUUGACAAAUACUAUAGUCGUCCUAUUAAUACUUUAGUGAGCAGAAAACAUCUAAGAGAAAUGGAUUUUCCAGCUAUUACGAUCUGUUCUAACAGUUUAUUCUCAAAAAGCAAACUCUCUUUAGCUGAUGAUGAUCCAUCCUUUGCAUCCAGCGGUUUAAAUAUCUCGUCAUGUGCAGUUACAUCACAAACCCGAGCCAAUCGUCUUUGUGGAUUGUCUCUGCUUUGCUGUUGUGCUCCUUUUGAUAAUGAGAACAAGUCUCUUGCUCUCCCAAACUGUACAUAUGAAUACAAACAAGAACUUUUGAAAGAUAUUAAAAAAUCUAACCAUCGUAUCGACGUUGAGGGUUUUUAUCAAAAAUACAGUCUAAAUAUCAGUAAUCUGGUGGGACCUAUUUGUCUCUUCAGUUGGAGGAAAACGCAGUGUUCAGUAAUAGACUUCAAUCCCAUGGUGACCGAGUGGGGAAUGUGCUACACGUUUAAUUCAGGAAGAGAAAGCGAAAUAAAAAGAGUAGACACUGCUGGGAUUUCUUCUGGACUUACACUGCUCCUUGAUGCAAACACAGCUGAGUAUACCCGAGGAAAGUUUUCCGAGGGAUUCAAAGUGUUGAUCCACGGACAAGGUGAAUACUUUGAUGAGUUUGAAGGAAUCAGCGUGGGACCUGGGCAACAUGCUUCAAUCGCUAUUUCGCAGAAACGGUAUGAAAAUCUGGAGAAGCCUUAUGCCACUAACUGCACAAAUAAACCAUUAAAUACAUUUUCUAAGUACUCAUCAGAAGGAUGCCUUUAUGAGUGCCGGGCUCAAAACAGUAUUAAAAUUUGUGGCUGUCGACCCAUCGGCUACAUUAAUUCCCCUGACACUCCUUCUUGCCUAUCGCCCAAUGAGGUUAAAUGCAGUGACAGCGUUGACGCAUCUAUAGACGAAGAAGUUUGUGACUGCCAAGUUCCUUGCUUUCAAACUAGAUAUCAAGCCGAAGUUUCUUAUUCAAAGUUCCCCAACAUAGGUACCGCUGAGGACCUAUUGUAUGAAGGCUAUGAGAGUUUACAGUAUAUGAGAGAUAACCUUGUGUUUUUACAAGUUGGAUUUAAGUCCUUGGGAUAUGAAAUGCAGAAGCAGCAGCCAGCAUAUGACAGCAACUCAUUAUUUGGUGAGAUCGGUGGAAAUAUGGGCUUAUUCCUGGGAUGCAGCCUGCUGACCAUAUGCGAGUUAUUGGACUUUUUCAUCAGUUACCUGGCAGCACGAAACCGUAACUUGACUCAUCCAGCAUAAUGGCGGUACAGAUAGUUG